AUGAAAGGAGCUCUAUAUGGUAUGAGAAUGGCGCAUUGUGGGCCUGGGAUAACAUCCGGGCCGAAGUGGAGGCUUACAGCUCGAACUUUGAUGCAAAAACAGUAUUUGGGCAAGUCACCAGCCAAAAAUGGGAGAAAUGAGGAAAGUAAUGGGAGCAGUAGUUCGUCUGAAAAUGGCGGUGGAUAUGUUAGAAAGGCAUUGCUUACAAUACUAGUUCCAUACACUGGAUAUGCUUUGUAUGUCAUAGGACAGGCCAAUGCCGAAAUCACAAAACGAGAACAGGAAGUUAAGCAACAUGAUGAUGACAAGCAUUUUGAUACCACUCUAAUAAAAUACUCACCAUUGGAAGUUCUUGGUCGUUUUGCAAACCCAUUCAAGGAAUAUAGAGUUCUCACCGCCUUUGAAUUUUCGCUCAAUCGAGUGUUGGAACUUUUCCAGCGAAAUCGUGGUGGUAUUCCUACCAGCCCGCAUUCCAUGGAUGAGCUAAUGCCCGUCCAUACCCCUACGUGGACGAGUAAUAACGCCAUAGAGCAGAAAGAUUCCUCUCCUAUUAGCAUUAAGAUUGUCGGAAAAAAUGACCCCGUUGAUCCCCAGCCAUUUGACAACAAUGAAAGGGACCUUCCGGUGCAUACAACUUGGCUAGGUCAAUCAUGCAAUUUCGUGGUGUACAAUGGGUUCAAGAUUUUGACAGAUCCGUUAUUUACUGACUACUUAAUCCAUGAAACACUUGGGCCCAAGCGAAUCACGAAAAUGCCCGCGCAAAUAGAAAAAGUUCCCACCCCCGAUGUCAUAUUGGUAUCACACAACCAUCCGGAUCACCUGGAUUUCAAGAGUAUGGAAUUUUGGGGAUCCAAUGGGAAGGCGCAUCCAAUAUGGAUAGUUCCCAAGGGUAUGGCUCAAUUCAUGAAAGACCACGAUGUGACAAACGUCGUGGAGCUGUCGUGGUGGGAGACAGCUCGAAUUACCAAAGGAGACAACGCUUACGAUAUCUCUUGCACACCAGCGAUGCACUGGUCCGGAAGGUCCCUCGUGGAUACAAACCGCUCGCUCUGGUGCUCAUUUUUGUUUUCGCAUCGUAGCAAGCCAAUACUAUUCCAUGCUGGGGAUACGGGAUAUGUCUGGGAUUUGUUCAAGAGAAUUAGCAACCGGUAUGGGAAGGGCGUAAAACUGGCCCUCUUACCAUGUGGCCAGUACUGUCCGUCGUGGCAUCAAAAACCAAGACACAUCAAUCCCGAAGAGGUCUUGAGAAUCAAAAAUGAUCUUCAAGCUCAAAAUGUGCUUGGCGUUCAUUGGGGUACUUUCGUGUUGAGCGGAGAGUAUUUUCGCGAGCCAAAGGAGAGGCUGGAAAUGCUAGCGGAAUGGGAAGGGGUGAAAGACAAAUGCUUUUGUCCUGAGUUGGGCAGGACAAUAACUCUCAAAUGA